CUGCCGAUGAGUUCCCGAUGCGAGUAAGGUAACACUGCCUACCGGAAUCUGCACGCUAGGGAGGAGAAUAGCUCCACGCGACAAGGCAGCACCCCCCAAUCGGCAUCUCUCACAUCCAGGCGUCGGCACAGUCAGAAUAAUCACGUUACACUCAACACGUUCAUCCCUAGACAAGCUUUGUAAUGUAGUUCCUGGAUUGACCAAUGUGCCGUGUGUGAUAUGUGAUGCCUAGAAUGACGACACUCACGGAGAUUAGAGCAAGGGAUGGGAGACCAAUGAUGACUAAUGACAAUUCUUCCCUCGUUCGUGAAUCAAAGAAACACAUCCUGGAUAGAUGAUCAACGACACCACGCCUCCGUCUGCCCCACCCCUGAGCCCCUCCGCGGGGGAGAUCCAUUGCUACGAUCCUGAUCUACGGAGCAAGUAGAUACCGUGUACAGCUUGGGGAAACAACCUCAGAUUGUUUGUGUUUCCACACUAUCAGUGAUCACACAGUCAGCGUUACGAAAUCAGUUUAUUGACUUAGUCUGAUAUUCCAGAAGAAGACGAAGAAGAAGUUGUAUUACAGAAAUUACUGCUCUUCAAAACAAGUGUUGGCUCUCUUGGUGGCCCACCAUCGCACCAAUACAGCGACGACCACGACGACGGCAUGUUGUCCGCCUUCAUCCAUCUUCUCAGUGACCACUGGGCAAGCACAACCGCCCUCAUCCUCCUAGCAGCAGUAUUGUUGAAAUCGUAUCGAAAGACCAGCCCCCUACCCCCAGGCCCAAUUCCUGUUCCCUUUCUUGGCACCAUCAGCCUUCUCAGAGGGGGAGACAAACGCAGGGUUUUUCAGGAGAUGCGAGAACGCUACGGGGACGUAUUCAGCUUCUAUAUCGGCUCCCGUCUCAUCGUCGUCAUCAAUGGUUUUGCAGCCUUGAAGGAGGCCUUCGUGAAACGAGGGGACGUGUUCUCUGACCGCCCGCACAUGUUCACCGUGGACAAGGUUGGACAAGGCCGAGGUAUUGUGAACACGUCAGGCAAGGUAUGGAAGGAACAACGCCGCUUCACGCUCGCCGCUCUGAGACAGUUCGGCUUCGGGAAAGCAUCCUUCCAGGACAAGGUCCAGGAGGAGGUAGAAGCAUUUAUUACCGUGCUGGAUCACCACGCUGGGGAAGACGUGGACCCCCAGGGCAUCAUCCAGACUGCCAUUGCUAAUGUUAUAUCAUCCAUAGUCUUUGGGGAAAGGUUCAGCUACGAUGACCCGCUGUUUGAGAAAUUCCUGGAAAUAUUUGACGAGAACAUGAAACUUGUUGGUGGAACCUCCAUACUGAACUUUUUCCCGAUAUUCCAGUAUUUGCCUGGUGACAUUUUUAAGUUUAACAAAGUCCUUAGCAACGUGGCGUUUGUGCAGACCUUCAUCCGUGACACUGUGCAGCGGCAUAUCGAGAACCUGGACACGCUGAACAUCCGGGACUUUAUUGACGCCUACCUGAAAGAAAUGCAGGAGGAGGCAGAUGAUCCUGAAACAACACUCAACUAUGAGCAGUUGGUCAAAGUGAUCGGGGAUUUGUUUGUAGGUGGAACAGAGACAACUUCCACGACCAUCAGAUGGGCAAUCAUCUUCCUUGUGCGCAAUCCGGAAGUACAACAGCGCAUGCGUGAUGAGAUAGACCGUCAUGUGGAACGUGCAAGACAGCCGAGUGUUUCCGACAAGCCCAACUUGCCCUACACCGAGGCUACAAUCCUUGAGAUCCAGCGGUGCGCUGAUAUUGCCCCAUUCUCAGUGGCCCAUGGCACCCUACAGGACGUCACGUUCAGGAACUAUUUAGUCCCUCGGAACAGCAUUGUCAUCCCAAAUAUUCACUCAGUACUGGCUGACCCUGAACUCUGGGUCCACCCGUCCGACUUCCGGCCUGAGCGGUUUCUUGAUGAUACUGGCAGUGUCACCAAACCAGAGCAUUUUAUUCCAUUCUUUAUGGGUCGCCGCGUAUGUUUGGGGGAGUCACUGGCACGGAUGGAGCUGUUCCUCUUUAUAUCCGCCCUGGUUCAGAGGUAUGACAUUCGGGCUGCUUCGAACGGCCAGCUACCAAGCCUGGAGGGCCAAGUCGGCUUGACCUAUACCCCGCCGAACUACACAGUCCGAAUGGUCAGGAGAUCCUAGACCCACAAAGAUAUAGCAGUGUGAAACCAAAAGGCUGUCGCAGCACAUGACGUCUUUGUUGGUUAACACUGCAUUCAGCAAAAUCCCAACUAAAUGACGGCGGUAUGUUGAUAUUCGACACUGGACCAGACGUCCCAGUGAAUGAUAUGAUGAGCAUUUGGGAUACGAUGGGGCACGGUGACAUGCAUCAACAAAGUCAAAGAUACUGACCCACUUUAUUCCGUCAGUCGACAAGUUUAAGUUUAUGAGGAGAAUUCCAACUGUUUCCAUUGGGAGUUCCCAAGCAACCAAUUCCGCCGCAAACACAGCAUCGCCAUCAAAUAACUUCAAAAACAGCGAAAACAUUUCGAAAACUACGUACGUUGUGCUACAGAGUAUGAGUGUACUUUGGAAAUGGGACCUCAUCUUUCACGUCCAGGCUGAUUAUGCCAGCCACACUACUGCCCUUGUAGAUGAAGGCCGUGAUAUGGACAGCUCAUGUUAUACACAUGCCUUGACUAAGGCCAAACACUUCAUGGUUACGGGUCCAAGCUCUAUGUACAUGUUUGUCAUACGUUGCCUGUUGCUGUGAGACUUUCUUAGGUAUACUGUAGGUCAUUAACAAAAGGGACGUUACUCUCACUCAUAUAGCCAAAUGAGGCCCUAACUCAUACUGUAAGUAAAUAACCCACUCGCUCAUACUGUAACUACGUGGGUCCUACAGCUAUACAGGUCUCGACUGAGUACUUGCAUUAUGUCGAUACCAUACCAGUAAAAGACCCAUAUAUUAAUGUAACACAUGAAAACCAUAUAGCUGCGCACAUUUACCAAGUUCUUCGUGAAACCAUUCGGUCGUUCUUGUUUCAAUGAUUAUUACUAUCUCCCCUUAAAUAUUCUCUUUCA